AUGUCGGAGCAAGAAACCAAGAAUACAGAAGAAUCUCAAAUCGGCGGAAACCUCGACGCCGCUGGAUCUGCCUCAGGUGCUGCUAGCGUAGGAGCCAACGCCUCUUCCAAGAAGUCGGAGGAGAAACGAAAGCCCAAAAAGCUCGGCCAGAAAGGACAAGCGAACGGCGACAAGGGCGACGCCGACGCAGAAGUAGACGGCGGUACAGACGAACCUUCAACACCAACGCCACAACCGAAGAUGGAGCAACAGGCUCAAUCUCGCUCCAAAUCACGACAAAGUCGAGGCCGCGGCUCCAGUGCACCACCUAGCGAUGUCGACAGUGCGUACCGAAGCGACGUCUCGCAGAAAGGUGGACGACGGAACCGCAACCGCAACCGUGGCAAGGCUCAAGCACAAUCACAAGCUCAGACGCAGCAACAAGGCAAGGGCGGCGGUCUCCUGGGCGGCGGCGGCGGUCCUCUCGAUGCCGUUGACGAAGUCGGUGAUACCGUGAAUGGGGUGGUUGACGGCGCCGGAGACCUUGUGAACAACACUGUCGGCAAUGCCGUGAGCAAGCCGCACGAGGCACUCGGCGGUCUGCUCAAGUCGGGUGGCAAGGAGGGAGGCAAGGACGACGAAGACCCGGGUGAGAACGAGCAGCUGAGGUUACGACUUGAUUUGAAUUUGGACAUCGAGGUGCAGCUCAAGGCCAAGAUCCAUGGUGAUCUUACACUUGGUCUAUUGAACUAG